AUGGCAAAGAUACCGGUUUGGCUGGACUGCGACCCUGGACAUGAUGAUGCGUUCGCGAUUCUACUCUCGGCCUAUCACCCUUCAACGGAGCUCCUCGGGAUCUCAACUGUGCAUGGGAAUGCGUCGCUGGUGCAUACGACGUACAAUGCUACUUCCAUUUUGACAGCGAUCGGGAAACCCGAGAUCCCCGUCUACGCCGGUGCUGCUAAAGGCCUGAGUCGUCCUGCUGUACAUGCAGAUGCUAUCCACGGCGAGUCCGGCCUCGACGGCACCGGUCUCCUCCCCAAACCUCUCUUUGCACCUAAAUCCGGCUCCGCAAUAGAGGCCAUGGCCGCCGCCCUAUCUUCGACGCCACCAAAUUCAGCCUGGGUCGUCGCCACCGGCGCCCUCACAAACGUCGCCCAGCUCUUCCAAGAACACCCCUCCCUCGCAAACCACAUCAAAGGCAUCUCCAUCAUGGGCGGCGCCUUAGGCAACGGUUUCACCGGGGCCCCAAUGGGAAAAGUAGACGACAAGUCCAGAAUUGGGAACUGGAGUCAGUGGGCCGAGUUCAACAUCCUGGUUGAUCCUGAAGCGUCGGCAUUUUUGCUUGAGCAUCCGAUUCUGAGCGGAAAGACGACGCUGAUUCCGCUGGAUGUCACCCAUUUGGUUCUCGCUACGCAGGAGGUGCAGGAUAUGUUGCAUUAUGGCAAAUCCUCCCCUCAACUUUCAGAGGGCGGAGAGAAGAGCUGCAGCGUGUUGAGGAGAAUGCUGGUUGAGCUACUUACUUUCUUCGCCAAGACUUACGCUGAUGUGUUCGGUAUUGUUGCUGGGCCGCCACUGCAUGACCCGCUCGCUGUCGCUGCGAUAUUAAACGGGAUCGCGGGGGUAGAGAUUCCUUUUUAUGAUAGAUUGGAGGGUGGGAAAAGGGAGAGAUACGCUGUCAAAGUCGUGACCGAGGGCUCGCAUGAAGAGGCUUUGGGUGGAGCACAGACUGGUAUGACAGUAGCGAAGUUACUUCCUGAUGGGGAGGAGGGUGUUAUGAUCCCGAGGGGGUUGGAUGUACAGAAUUUUUGGAGGGUGUUGGAGGAGUGCUUGGUGAAGGCUGACGAGGUAAAUAGGGUAGCAGGUUAUAAUCCCGGUAACGCCUUCGCGCGCCAACUUGCGGAGCGGAACGCCUCCUCCUCCCUACCCUCAAAGAAAUUCCGGUCCGCAGCCGCUCCCAAGGGCGUUAAACUCGCAGACGGCUACACGGACCGUGCUCAACAGUUGCGAUCCACUGGCUCCGAUGAUGACGAAGAGAAUGAGAAGGUUACGAGGGUGAAAGCGUUAGAGGAGAUGAUGAAGCUGCAGCAGAUUGACGAGGCAACGUUCAUUAAACUGCGAGAGGAGAUCCUGGGGGAUGAUGUUAAGGAUCGCGCAAAGCUGGUGAAGGGUUUGGACUGGGGUCUGCUUGAAAGGGUGAAGAGGGGGGAGGUGGGGGUUGAGGAUGUAUUGGAGGGGGGGCUGGGAGCGAAAGCUGCGGAGGCGGCAGAGGAGGAAGGUGAAGAAGAGGAUUUAGAUGGAGAGUUUGAGAGAUUGGAGGAGAGGGAGGUCGAAGCUGUUGUCAGGGAGAAAGAGAAAAAGAAGGGAGAGAUGGCGCCGCCGGCUUUGACGGGGAAAAAGAGGACUAGGGAUCAGAUAUUGGCGGAAAUGAAAGCCGCAAGACAGGCCGCGAAGGAAGCUGCUGCGCCGUCACUGGGAGCUAAGUUCAAAAAGGUUGGGGUGACGAGGCCAGAGAGUAGGAUCGAAAGGGAUGGGAAAGGCAGAGAAGUGCUGAUCACGGUCGACGAGCACGGAAAUGAGAAAAGGAAGGUCAGGAGAGUGGUUGAAGAGCCGGUGGUCGAAAAGGGUCACGGGCUACUGAUGCCGGAUAAAGAUGCCAAGCCGUUAGGCAUGGAGGUUCCCGAGAUACCCAAAGUCGUGGAAGAGGAAGAGGACAUCAACAUUUUCGACGACGUAGACGAUGAGUACGAUCCCCUAGCUGGCCUCGGCGACGACACUUCCGAGGACGAACCGGACCCUGAAAAUGAAGACGGCGAAAUUUCAGACGAAGACGAAGCCAAGACAAAAGACAAGGCAAUAUCAGAAUCAGCACCUGGAAGCAUGGCGCCACCACCCCGGCCCGCUGCCUCAAGAAACUACUUCAACACACCCAGCGUUUCCGCUUCCUCCCUUUCCUCCUCCUCCUCUUCCAAACCCCCCGCGCUCACAGACCCCACCCUCCUCGCAGCCCUCCGCAAAGCCUCCUCGCUCAACCUCCCCAUCACCGAGCCCACCUCAACAGAAGAGGCGGCGAAAGAAGCGCGCCGCAAAAAGAUGCUGCAGAGAGACGACCGCGACGCAGAAGACAUGGACAUGGGUUUCGGCAGCUCGCGCUAUGCAGACGAAGAAGACUUUGAGGAGAAGAAAAUCAAGCUCAGUGAGUGGGGCGGCCAGGGCGGGAAGAGUGAUGAUGAUGAAACGGGUGGUAGCAAGGGUGGUGCGAAGAGGAAGAGGGGGGCGAAGAAGAGGAAAGGGGAUGUGAAUAGUGCGGCGGAUGUGAUGAAAGUGUUGGAGAGAAGGAAGGGGGAGAAGAGUUAG